CGCUCUCCCUUACCGAGGAACUCAGAAAGUGGCAAGGAAUGAAAUCACAAAAAACAAGCGAGGGGGGAAUUUUAGAGAGAGGGAGGAGAUCUGCGAAGAGAUUCUCUCGUCUCUUUUCUUCUUUUCAAUCGAAUCACUCAAAUUUACUCCUCCCUCUUUGAUUUGAAAUCGGGGGAGCCUGAGAAUUUGAGGGAAAUUGGGCAGGAUUUGGGAAUCGGAACGUAUGGCAUCAGCGCAGGUCCUGCCCAAUUCGAAAAAGUUAGGGCAUCUCGAAGCGGGGAAGAAAAAGUUGGAGGAGUUCCGUAGGAAAAAGGCAGUAGGACGAGCCAAAAAAGCCGCAUCUACAGGCCAAUUGAUAGUAUCUGAUGUAGACCAACAUGAAAUUGUCUCUCAAAAACACGACCUUGUGAAAGAUGGGGCUAAAUCUGCUAGCGAUACCGAUUCCAACGGGUCGGGUAUACCUGGUGGAAAUAAAGCUGUUAAUCUUUCCCAGAGCACUGAGGUUCACUCCUCAAAUCGGAUGCACGGUAGCUCUCCUGUCCUGGUUGAUAGUAGUCAGGCAUCUUAUGGUGGAUCAGUACAAUAUGCUGGGAAUGAAGUACCUAAUUUAUAUGAAAAGGCAGACUUCCCUCAACUAGUUAAUGGUUAUUAUGAUCAGUGGCAAGAAAGCAGGGAGCUUGGUCAUAAAAAGGAUACAAUAAUCGAACAGUAUAGUGGUAAUACAGAUCAAUUUGUCACUUUUAAUCCAGUCAAGGCAAAUCCAAAUCUUGACAUGAAUGUUAGUAGUUUGAGUUCUCAUUCAUUCUUUGGAGCUCCACCUGGUGAAGACAGAUAUGCCUCAAAAGCUCCCACGAGCAAUUUCGGGACAUCUUUUCCAAGUUCCUCAAACUCUUAUGAUGAGAUGGUUGAUGGGCAAAAUUUAUCCGGGUUUCCCAGCACUUCAACUAGCUCAUUGGGUUUACAUAAAGAAAAAUCUGCUGAGAUGGAGCUCCCCUAUACUGGAAGCCUGUGCAGAAACAAUGUCAAUGAUAUUGGUAGAGGAGGAGGGAAACUGGCUGACUCCACUGAUUACAACCUUAACGUUGACAGUGCACGGUGGCAUGCAUCAGAACCUUCAUAUGGAGAUUCUAGUUUUGCUUAUAAAAGCACACAAUAUGAAGCUCCUUUUACUUCAUCUAGUUUUGGAACCAAUUCAAAUCGUUCUCGUCCAUCUUUUCUUGAUUCUCUGGGUGCUUCCAGGGGUUCUUCAAUGGCUUAUGUUCCAUAUAGAGAGCCUGAGAAAGCUAAUAUUCAUGGAUCUUUUGACAUUUCAAAUUCUCAAAGUACGGAUGCCCCAUUAUCUUCUCCUGCACGGCCAUUUGCAGAGUUUAACACUGUAGACCACUCUUUAGAAUCAUUUACGCCUGAUUCUAAAAGUGAUAUGGAAGUAUCUAUGAACACUUUUGUCUCUUCACAUGAUGGGAAACUGCUAAACCCUGCUGGAGAUGAUCAUGCACAGAGGGAUCAUGAGUUCACUUCAAAGAAGGAUGAAGAUUUUGCAGCCCUUGAACAGCACAUUGAAGAUUUGACCCAAGAAAAAUUCUCACUGCAAAGAGCUCUGGAGACAUCAAGAACGUUAGCAGAGUCCUUAGCUGCUGAAAAUUCAUCUUUGACUGAGAGCUAUAACCAGCAGGGACAAAUUGUCAGCCAAUUAAAAUCUGACAUGGGAAGGUUGCAGGAAGAAAUCAAGGCCCAGCUGUUGGCUAUUGAAUCUAUAAGAUCGGAAUAUGUGCAUGCACAAAUGGAAUGUAAUGCUGCAGAUGAAAGAGCAAAAAUACUUACUUCUGAAGUUAUUGGCUUGGAAGAGAAGGCACUCAGAUUAAGGUCAAAUGAGUUAAAGCUUGAAAAGCAAAUGGAGAACUUGAAUUCUGAGAUCACAUCAUACAAGCGUAAAGUGUCCAUUCUAGAGAAAGAGCGCCAGGAUUUCCAAUUCACAAUUGAUGCGUUGCAAGAAGAAAAGAAACUAUUGCAGAUCAAGCUGCGGAAAGUCCCUGCAAAUGAGAAAGUGGAUGCUGAGAAGACCUCUACUGGAAGAGAUGUUUCUACCUCAACAGACGAUUUAGGUACUGAGCCUUUCGAUGUGGUUGGUGGUGAGACAAGAACUGCAGAAAGGAUGCUACACAAUAUUGUAAAUCAAGCACAAGAUACUGUGAUGGGUCCAAUGGAUGCUUCUACUUCCUCUCUGGUGCAUGAAGAUUUGGCAUUUGUUCUUCCAGAUGCUUCCGGUUAUAUUCCACAUGAUCAACUCAGAAUGAUUAAAAAUAUCAAUUCUUUGAUAUCUGAGUUGACUUUGGAGAAAGAUGAGCUAGUUGGAGCUCUGAAAAUCGAAUCAUCAAAUUGUAAGAAGCUGAAGGAUUUUAAUAAGGACCUCUCACAAAAACUGGAAGCACAAACACAAAGAUUAGAGCUUUUGACUGCCCAGCGUAUGGCUAAUGAAAAUGUCAUGGCAAGACAGGCAGACACCCACAGCUUGCAAGAUGCAACAGUAUAUGCUGAUGAGGGAGAUGAGGUGGUUGAGAGAGUGUUGGGUUGGAUAAUGAAGCUCUUCCCUGGAGGUCCAUCAAAGCGUCGAACCAGCAAACUCCUGUGACAAGGGAAAGCAGUGUUUUGUUCAGGUUUGUAAUUUUUUUUUGUUCGUUUAACUAAUACUGGUGGCAGUAUAGAGCUCUAUACCGAUGUAUAUUGUAUCAUUCUUCAUUGCA